AUGGCGGGAAAGUCGACGCUAUUGCUUGUAUUGUGUUUAUUAUUAUCUGCAGCUGCGAAGGAUCGUGAUUUGAAACAGGUUCUUAUUUUGAGCAGACAUAACAUCAGGGCGCCAUUGUCUUCAAAUUUAAGAUAUCUCUCAAACAAGACGUGGCCAACGUGGGAGGUGGAACCAGGCUUUUUAACAGCAAAAGGAGCUCUGUUAGAGCGGCAAAUCGGCAAUUAUAUCUCGAACUGGUUAAUCGGCAAUGGCUUGCUACCUGCUGGGUGUCCAGACCAAAACGAUAUUCAUGUAUACGCGAAUACAAAACAAAGAACAAGAAAGACUGCAAAGGCAUUCGUUGACGGUGCUUUCCAAAAUUGUAAUAUUACAGUUUACAGUAAAAACUCAACUAAAAUGGAUCCAAUUUUUAAUCCUAUAAUUCGCAAUAGUUCAUUAGAUUUGAAAUUAGCUAUCCUUAGUGAAAUGGAGAGGAGUUUGAAUAGUUUAAAUCUUCGAAAUGCUUAUGCGAAACUGAAUGAUAUAGUCGAUUUGGAACACGCAGAUAUCUGCAGAAUAGAAGGAGUUUGUGACUUUCAAACCGCGAGGGAAGAUCUCGUAUACGAUAUAGACGAUGAGCCCAACGUGAGAGGUCCUUUGUCCUUUACGAACUCUAUAGUAGACGCAUUUCUAAUGAGUUACUAUGAAGGCAUGCAAAUUGAUGAUGUUGCUUGGGGACAUAUCAAUUCGCCUGAAGAUUGGAAGUUAUUCACGCCUAUUAUACGUGGUAAUUUGGACGUCCGAUUCAACGGUACAAUUUUGUCCAAAGAAGUGGCAAAACCGUUGUUGAACUAUGUCUAUAACAUAUUAAAAGACGAUUCAAAGAAAUUUACGCUUUUAGUUGGCCAUGAUUCUAACUUGUAUUCUGUCAUGGCAGCGAUUGGAAUUAAACCAUACAAUUUACCAGAACAAUACGAAUUAACGCCCAUAGGCGGAAAGAUUGUCUUUCAGAAAUGGCACGAUGCAAGGACUGGUAAGAGUUUAUUGAAGAUUGAAUAUAUCUACCAGAGUACGAGUCAAUUGAGAAAUGGCGAAAUGCUGACAGAGAGUAACCUGCCGAAAAGAGUAACGUUAGCUGUAAAAAACUGUGAUGUUGAUAAUGAGGGCCUUUGCCCAUGGGACGAGUUUUUGGAAAUACUAAAACAUACUUUCGAGUAA